AUGGCUGUUCGCGUGUACAUUUCUCACUCGGGCCAGUACCUGCUGUUUGGGGAGCCUGCUGCCGGUCUCGAUGCCCUCCGACCAUGGGUCGAGCAGCAUGUCGGUAUUCCUCCGAAUCACCAAAUCCUAAUGACCCCACGGGGCAAGAAUGUCAAGACCCUGGUCAAUGACAGCGAUGUCUUCGUCUACGACAAGAGAAAUCUUUCCAGGUCCUCUGAACUCCCUCCCGACCAAGACGAGCGCUUAUCAGAUCCACGAGAUGCACCACCUGCACCUGGCGAUGCGAAUCUUGAGCAAUGGAAGGAAGCGGUCCGGGAGAACCGCAGAUGGGCUUUGGAGAUCUCUGAUGCCGUUAGAGUAGGCGCAGACACUACCGAAGCCUUGUUUUUCGAAGCCGAUGUCAUUUCGCGAUCGAUACAAGCGGCACUCGAGAACGUGAAGAACUAUUUUCAGGCUGCCAACAACAAGUUCGAUGAGACCAGAAAGUGGGCCGUCGAUUGUAUUCAGGAGCACAGCGAUGCGCUCAAGGACUGGGAAAAGAGUUACAACACCUUGUCAGAGCUACCUGUGCGGGACGAGGUUGCUUCAAUCAUGAGACGGGCCAGCGACAAAAGAGGCCCAGAGCAAAUCAGUACUCUGGCCGAUCUUAUCGCUUUUGAGCCACUCCGCGAGAUAGAGCAGUCCGUCUCAGUCGCGUCGAACGAAUUCAAGAACCUGCUACAAGGCUUACAAAAGAGAAGAGAUCAGUUGAAGCGCGAUACUAUGGCGGUCGAGAAGCAUGUAACCCAAGUGCCCGAGAGCGAUACUGCUGGGUUCGUUGAAGAAGCUGAGACGCUGGCUCGGCGGAUUAGUGCCGACUACGAUGACAUUCUCAAACUGGAAGACGACCCUAAGUCAGUGGCUCAGGCGUCUCGAAAGGGCGCAGCGCACACAAGAGAUUAUAUACCUACCCUGCAGGGGGUAAUGGCCGAUCUACAGCAAACGUUCAUAACGGCUCAAUCAACAAGAAACGCAGCUAUCAAGGAUUACUAUGCCGCCCUUCGCGAGAUUUCUGGAAUUCAAUCUCGGCUUAGCAGUCUACAGAGCGAGGUUGCGGCUCUUGACUUUACGGAGCAGGAGGGACUUGACACACUCUAUAGAGUAUUCCAGCUCCCGACUGUUUACGGCUGCACCCUGAUCGAGGCCACUCGGCGAUCAGAAUGGACCAGCAGGAUGCAAUCCGAAGUCGAUUCUCUUCAUAACGACCUUUCCCAGAUGACAGAGGAAGAGCAGCGUCGACGUAGGAAGUGGGUGUCUUCCUACGGCGAGUUUCUCAACAAGGAGCUGAAUUCUUAUGAUGCACUCAUCGAUAUCAAGGCCUCGAGACCUCGCAACGCCUGGCCCUUUGUCGAGCGAGAAGAGAUCAAUGCUUUCAUUGACGACUUACGAGCCUUGGGCAUCGAUGAUACCAUCGAGACGUUGUUGCAACGAAUGAAGGACCUGGAAGGCCCUGUACGACGUCCACGACCCAGAGCUUUCAAGAAUGGCAGCGUUCACGACUUAGCCGCCAGCUCUACUGUCAACAGUGAUGUACGAACACUGCAGGAUGAAAAAGCAAGACUUGAGGAGAAGGUCAAAGCUUCUGAAAGUCGUGUGAGGAAGCUGGAAGACCUCUUGCACCGUCAAAGCCAAAUGAGCCAUCCCACUAGUGGCGUAUUCACCCCAGGUGGCAUCUCCGAGUUUAGUCGUCAUACACCUUCUCCGUCGUCGUUCCAAAAGCAAAGUGAGAUCCCACAUCGGUCUUCCAUAUCGCUCCGGCGCUACUCCAAUGCGCACGACGAAAAAGCUGUUGCUCAAAAAAUCAGCGCCUUAGAAGCUGAAAUACACAAGUUGCAAACUGAGGCUCACGAAGAACGUCGCUCGAGCACAGAGUCUCGAGAUAAAAUGCAGGAGGCUGAAUCAGUCAAGCAAGACCUCAUGGCCAACUUCGAGGCCCAGCGUCAAGAAUUCGACGAGGAACGACAGUUGAUGGACGAUGAAGUUCACAAGCUGAAGAUUCGCAUUGAAGAGCUGGAGGACGAGCUUGAUCGCAUCCUGGGCUCGCGAGAUCACAUGAAGCUGACCCAUGACCAGAAGACUGCCGAGCUCAAGGCUGAGCUCGAUGGGCUCCGUGAUACGCAGAGGGAAGAUGCAGAACAGUCCCAAGUGCGAGUGGAAAAUCUGGAAAAGGAUCUUCUUACCCAGCGCGAUCGAGCGGCCAGUCUCGAGAAAAUGUUGCAAGAGUGCCGCGACGAACGCAACGCGGCACGUAAUCAGAACAUGGAACUUGCAAAUCAACUCCGAUCGCACGAAGAUCAGCAACAGGAUCUUGUUGCUUCGCUGCAAGGUGUGCAUUCGAACCUGUCCCCAGCCGGAUCAGCUCCCGAUGAUAUCAAGAGACUGGCGAGGGCCCUCGAGAUCCUCUCCGAAGGCGCUGCCAUUCACGCAAGAGGACUCGAUGACAAUCUCCAGCUGGCAACGGCCGAAACAAAAUCGCUCGAGGAUAAAGUGGCUUAUGCUGAGGCGAACGCCAAGACGCUGAAAGCGAAGCUAGACACUGCUGAAUUAAGAGCAACAAGUCUCAACGACUCUUUAGAGCACGAGCGUAGCAAGGUAAAGGCUGCACGAUCGGAAGCUAGUGAUGGACAAGCCGAGCUCGACAGCCUCCGAACCAAACUUGCGGCGGGUGAAACUGGUUCCGACGCUCUUCGGGAACGAUUGAUCGAGGAGGAGAAGCAGGUUGCUGAGCUUCAGGAGCUCAAAUAUGACAACGAGAGCACGAUCAAGGGCCUGAAGAACGAAAUUGAGACGCUAACCAAUGAUGGCAAGACUGCAGCUGAGCAGCUUGAUGUACUGAAGAAGAAGCUCAAGUCUCGUGGCGAUAAAGCCAAGAUGCUGUCUGAGAGGCUUUUUCAGCACAACGAUCGCAUUAUUCGCAUGCUUGAGCAAUUUGGGUUUUCCGUCAGUCGUCAGGACGAUGUUCUUGUCAUUCAGCGCGCUUCUAAAGCAAGUGCCAGCACGCUUCUAAGCGGCAACGAAAGCUCUACGCCGAUGAAGCGCACUAUUUCGGGUAGUGUACCACCUCAACAUUACUCGGAUCCUUCCGAUCUCGAGAUGCUCUAUUGGACAUCUGACACUGAAACGACCGAGGAAGACGACAAGUACAACGGCUUUCUGAACGCGUUACAGCGACUCGAUUUGGAUUCGACCAUCGAUACUGUUGCGAAGCGGUACAAAGAUGUUGAGAACCUGGCCAAGAAGUACCAGAGGGAUUCGAGGUCUUACCGCGAAAAGUGUCAUCGCCUGCAAAGUGAGGCUCACGAUAAGAUCGCCUAUCGUUCUUUCAAAGAUGGCGACCUAGCCCUGUUCCUACCGACGCGCAACCAAGCUACUCGACCUUGGGCUGCCUUCAACGUCGGAGCGCCACAUUACUUUCUCCGAGAGCAAGACCACCACAAGCUGCAGAGUCGCGACUGGCUGCUAGCUCGCAUCUCCAAAGUAGAGGAGCGCGUGGUGGAUUUGUCUAGAUCAUUGUCCAGCACUCGGGGCGGUGCUUCUCUCCACGCAGAGGCUGGGGAUAGCGCUUCAGCUCGGUCGGUUGACGAUGAGAACCCAUUCGAGCUUUCGGAUGGCCUACGAUGGUACAUGAUCGAUGCGGCCGAGGAGAAGCCAGGCGCUCCAGGCACGCCCAGCGUGGGCAAGAGCACCGUCAUUGCUAGCACUGUGGAAGCAGAAGCGAUGAUGGGCCGGAAAGAAAAGGCGAUUGGGAAGAGCCCCAACGCUGCCCAAGUGGCCAAGACUCUUAACAGAAGCCUUGAAAGUCGACGCUCGAGCUCGACGUCAAAGCGAAGUGGCAGCAUCAAGAAGGAUAGCUCAAGUCUCAAAGAUAGCCCGCUUGCGCCUAUUGUCAGUGGUGGGCCAACCGGGGGUGAAGCUGCGGACUCGGUGGUCAAGCCAGGCGAUAGCUACCAAGGGCCAGCACGGGAAGAUGCACGUGUGUUUGACAUCGUAAGACAGGAUCUCCUGCAAGGACCCUGA